AUGGCAAACGUUCAAGAGUUUAUUUCUCAGCAAGAAGAAAGAGGCAGCAAUUUCGAAAAAUUCGUCUCUACUAUAAAGAAGGCACCUCUUGAAAGGAGAACGGAAGAGUUCUACAAGAGCAAACUUGAUGAACUAAGGCUGUUAUGGCAGAAUUUUGAGAAGGCAGAAAACAGAAUUCGCGAUGAUCCAUCAUUGUCAGAGGAUGAUCCGUAUAUUGCUCGGAAUCUAUAUAGAACGAUUGGAGAGAAGUUCAGCUCAACAAUGGAAUACAUAGACGCGGAAAUAAAGAAACUGAGGUCAGCCAAAAGUAAGCCAGUUCCCACCUUGAGAGAGAAAUCGACUGAAGUUGUCGCAGGAGACAAAAUACCUUCCCGUGUUGAUGGGCUUGUCAGAAUGAUAAAUGCUCGAAUGAGUGCCCUUAGUCGUCACUUGCAAGGCUUGGGCACAAUCGAAGCGGAACAGCCGAAGCAAUUUUAUAGCAUCAAAGAAGAUACUAUAAAAAAGCUAUGGAAUCAAAUAACGGAGUUCUACGAUGAAAUAUUGCAGCAGAUUGAAGAUCCAUCGAAAAUUGGAUUAAGUCAAGAAAACUACGAUAUGCUGGAAGAUUCGGUACAAGACAACUUAAUAAAACUUGCAGUCUUGAAAGACAAAUACAGCGAAACCGUGACCAUUGCACCUCAAUUAGGGAGUGACAUUAUAGCACACAGUUCACUCCCACUACCAAAGGUAACAAUUCCUCAAUUCAAUGGGGAUUGUUUGAAGUGGCGUCAGUUCUAUGAACUUUUCUUGGAGAUGGUAGACAAACAGUCUCUUCCAAGUGUUCAAAAAAUGUGGUAUCUCAAAACCAAUUUGUCUGGCGAGGCUGGCAAACUAAUCAGUCAUCUAUCCUUGACAGAGGAUAAUUACAAAACGGCAUGGAUGUUGCUGCAAGAACGUUAUAACAAUAAGCGGGUUCUUGUUUCCACUCUAGUAGAACGGAUUUUGAGUCAACCAAAUGGAACUUCAUCAACGGCCUCCAUCAAGGCUCUGCAUGACACUACAAAGGAAUGCAUGCUAGCCCUCAACAAUCUUCAAAUCGACACAACGUCUUGGGAUGCUCUGUUGAUUCAAUUGAUCACAAAGAAAUUGGAUCACGCUCUGUACAUACGAUUCAUGCAAUCACUGGCGAAUCCGAAGGAAGUUCCUACUAUGAAAGAGCUGUUUUCAUUUUUGGAACUUCAAUUCGAAUCAAUGGAAUCGAUUGGAAAAGCGGCAUCUACGCACAAGGGUUUAACCAAAACUGUUUCGUCCGUAACAUCAGUGGAGGAUCACAGGAGUUGUAAACUAUGCAAGAACGACUCCCAUCCAAUUUAUCAUUGUAAGAAGUUCUUGGCAAUGACAGAAGGUGAGCGAUUGAAAUGGAUACAGCAACAUAAAUUGUGUGUAAAUUGUUUCAAAUCGGACCAUGCAGCAAAAACUUGUUUUUCUGGCAACUGCAAAAUAUGUAGUAAUAAGCACAAUACAUUGCUACAUUUGCCAAAAAAAUCUCAACCGUCGCCGAAGGCCUCAAAUCAAUCACCACCAACAAAAAUCGAUAUCGCACCAGUCAACGUUACUGCAGUUUCUUCGGCAUCAGCAGAAGAUCAGAAAAAUGUUAUUCUAGCAACGGCUAGAGUCAUCAUCAAAGCGACUAACGGUAUGUCAGGCGAAUUUAGAGCGGUGUUAGACUCGGGUUCGCAAGUGAACAUUGUGACGGAAAGACUCAUACAAAAAUUGUCACUUAGAACAGCAGAUGCCUCUUUAUCUAUUUCCGGAGUCGGAAGGAUUCAGAAGAAGGCUUAUCAUCGGGUAAACAUACAAAUGUUAUCAAGCAAUUCUGAAUUUUCCACAAAUUUGGAAGCAUUUGUUUUGCCCACAAUUAUACCUCCGCAACCAAAUCAUGAUUUGGAUAUACAAAACUGGCAAAUUCCCAAGAAUAUUAGAUUAGCAGACCCUAAUUUUAACGUUCAAGGAAAAAUUGACAUUUUACUCGGAGCUGAGUUUUACUUCAGUUUAAUGCAACCAGGCACAAUAAAACUAAAUGGUCAUCAACCCAUACUCCAAAAUACGGCGCUUGGCUGGAUUGUAGGUGGUUUAGUUCAACAAUCGUCAGCGGACGACACAUCAGCAGCGCUAACAUGCGCAAUUUUUAGUGAAACAUCACUGGAACAAGCUAUCGAAAAAUUAUGGAAACUUGAGGAAGUGGAAUCAACUGAAAAGGUCAUGUCUCCAUUAGAAACCCUUUGCGAAUCUCACUUCAAUCAACAUGUUAAGACGGAUCAGAAUGGUCGUUUCAUCGUCAGCUUUCCGUUUCAAGAAUCUCCAACAGCAUUGGGGAAAUCACAUGCAAUGGCUUAUAACCGAUUUAUGAGCCUUGAACGCCGACUUCUACGGAAGGAAGAUAUCCGAAGUCAGUACAUUAAAUUUAUGCGAGAAUAUGAACAAUUAGGACACAUGCAAAAGAUUGACGUGUGUACCGUAUCAAAUCCUAAAUAUUUUAUUCCGCAUCAUUGUGUUCUCAAGCCCGAUAGUACAACAACAAAACUUAGGGUUGUAUUUGACGCAUCAGCGAAAACUUCAUCAGGUCAAUCGUUAAAUGAUCUAAUGUAUACAGGACCAAUCGUACAAAGUGAAUUGUUUUCUAUUUUGCUGAGGUUUCGAUUGCCAAAAUUCGUCUUCACAACCGAUAUUGAAAAGAUGUACAGGCAAAUUUUAAUGCAUCCCGAUGAUCAAAGGUAUCAGCUAAUUAUCUGGAGAGAGGAUCCAUCCCAUCCAGUCAGUUAUUACAAACUUAAUACGGUCACAUAUGGGACACGUUCAGCACCGUAUCUGGCUACAAAAUGCUUACAAAAGAUUGCAAACGAGAACAUGGAGCGUUAUCCAUUAGGCUCACAAAUGCUGAAAGAUAAUUUUUAUAUGGAUGACGGUCUCGGCGGUGCAGAUAGCCUAAGUACAGCUAUUGAAAUACAAAAGGAGUUAAUAACAAUCUUGAAACAACACGGCUUCAUUCUAAGGAAAUGGUCAUCCAAUACACCAAGAUUGCUGAAGGACAUACCACAUAGCGAUCGAGAAGUGAACCUGGAUCUCAACGAAUCACAAACAAUAAAGACGUUGGGAUUAUAUUGGAUGCCGCAAGCAGAUCAAUUUUGUGUAAAAACGAACAUUGAUCAUAAUGAAAUCAUAUCAAAACGAGUAGUUACGUCUGAACUAGCAAAAUUAUUUGAUCCGUUUGGCCUACUUGCACCGAUUGUGGUGAAGGCAAAAAUAUUUAUUCAGCAGCUGUGGCAACAUACAUUAGAUUGGGACGAAGCAUUACCCGAAAAACUUUGUGCCACUUGGAAAACAUUUCGAAGGGAAUUGGAAGGUCUCAACAACUUUAAGAUACCGCGACAUGUAUUCUGUGGAGAGAUCCCGACGAAAACCCAGUUGCAUGUGUUUGCCGAUGCAUCGGAAAGAGCUUUUGGCGCGGCUAUUUAUAUUCGUUUUAUUGGGAAAGAUGGACGAGUCGUCGUACGUCUGAUCUGUGCUAAAUCCAGGGUAGCUCCUUUGAAAAAACAAACUCUACCACGAUUAGAGCUAUGUGCCGCAGUGGUAGCAGCUCAACUGGCUACCAGGUACUCGCCUGGAUAA